CUGCUAUUGGAAGGGGGGGGCUUCAUACUCUCUCCAUGUUUCUGCAGAAACACUGUCACCAAAAUUCUUGAAAUGCAAAAAAAGUACUAAGAGUUUAUCCAGUUUUCUUUUAGUGGAGCUCGUGUACGUUUUUUUAAAGUUUGAAAGGUGACCUAAACUGGUCGCUAAACAGUUUCCUAAAGGGACAGCAUGAAGCUUCUGUGCAUGUUUAAGAGUCUUUAUAAAUGCAUGCAUGUAAAGUGAAGUUGAUGUGCAGCAUGCAAUAUCUGCUGCAUGCUGGGGCUACAGUGUUCUCUCUAAUUUGCACAGAAGUGCUGCAGAGUGAUUAUACUUCUUGUUUUAAUGAAGCUAUUUUUAGUUUCAGUCCAGACUGCUGCGCUCAGAGGGGGAGCGUGCGUGGCUCGAUGACCCCCAUCAAUCUGCCACGAGCCGGAGAGUGACAAUAGCAUUAUCAUACCAAUACACCAUUCACCUUUAGCCAAUCAGAGCGCAGCGCUUUCACUGCGCCGCACGAGCUGGAUAGUAUAAAAAGGGGAGGCUGCAGGUUUGAGGUCACUCUGCUUCUUUUCGGAUUUCGACUAAACUCUCCAAAGCUCUUCCUUUGCGGAAUAUUUCCAUCAUCUUCAACAUGACUCUUGAGGAGGUUCUGAUCCAGAAACCCGAGCGUGCUCAGUGCACCGGCAAAGCCCUGGAGGAGGUCUUGGUGUCCGCUAAAGACAACGACUCCCUCACCGUCGGUGUCUACGAGUGCGCCAAAAUCAUGAAUCUUGACCCGGACAGUGUGUCUUUCUGCGUCCUGGCCAUGGAUGAGGAGUUUGAGUGUGACAUCGCUCUGCAGAUCCACUUCACCCUCAUCCAGUCCUUCUGCUUCGACAACGACAUCAGCAUCGUCAGAGUGAGCGACAUGCAGCGUCUGGCUGAGAUUGUUGGCGACAAGGCGGAGCAGCUUGAAGAUGCCCACUGCGUCCUCAUCACGAACCCAGCUGAUGGGUCUUGGGAGGACCCUGCUCUAGAGAAGCUGCACCUGUUCUGUGAGGAGAGCCGGCGUCUGAACGACUGGGUUCCUGAGAUCAACCUCCCCGAGCCUUGAUCUGGGACUCGGCUCCCCUCUUGCUCAGAUGCUGUAAAGCUUCUUAUCUGGAAAUACUCAUCCUGAUGAACAGGAUGACCCUGUUUCUGCUCAUCCCUGGAUACUCCUGAGGAGGAUUCCCGUCCAGGCAGCACGGCGCCGGCCCGAGGGGCCCCCGUGGAUCGUCGCCUCUUGUCCCGUCCAUGCCAAGAUGACUCUCAUUCUUUAUGUGAAUGAGGUCAGGUAUGCCACAAGAGCGACACAUCGACCCUCAUUCUUUGUGCGGAUGAGGUUUGGAGAGGAAGGAGAAGCGAGUUCUGCGUCCUGUGGUUCCACAGAGCAGAUAUCGCAUCUUGAAGCACGCGCGGCAGGCGAAGAAGCGGUGCUGAGAAAGAGGCAUUCUUAAAAAGGGACUUUUUAAAGAUGUCCUCUUUGCUGAGCAACACGACAACAGUUGCAAUCAGCGAAAAUGUUUCCCACUUUCCAGAAUUGUCUUAAUUCUCUAAAGGUUUCACUUUAGAAAUUUAACAAUGACAAACAUAUUCUUAAACAUUUAAACAAGUACUUUCUCUAAAGGUUUCACUUUAGAAAAUGGCAAAAUUAAGUUUGUUUAAAAAGAUGAGAAUUUCUAAGAUUAUUUUAUAAACAUUUGAUUAUGUAAGACAGAAAUGAGAAAAAAAGAAAAUGUUUGACUUAUGAUGUGAUCCUGUUGGAACAAUGUUGGAAAGAAACUAAUUUAUAUCUUUCUAACAGUUUCACAUUGGAAAUUGUUGGAAGUUGUAAGUGGAAAAUGCCUAAUAAAACCCUUAAAUGUCA